AUGCCGAGCAUAUUCUCUCGUUCACGCACGACAUCGACGCCCAAGAAAACAUCCGAAUUAGACGAGUUUGGGCGCAUCGACAGCAGGGGGUCCGCCCGCGCCUUCACGCUCUCACCGCAGUCCAGCAACAAGAAGGACAAGAAGAAGGAAUCCAAGGACAAGUCGAGGGCACGGACUACCUCAGUUGCGGAAUCCGAGGUCGCUGAACCCGCCAUCCCCGAUGGCACAUUUCUGCCGCUCAACCUCAACCCACCGAGGAUCGAGGCGACGGGGGACACGCCCGGGACGGAGCUGCGCCAGACGAACGCCUACGGCUACCUCUCGUUCGGACGACACGUCGUGCUAGGGCUAGAGCAGGUCGCACGGCUGGUGGACGUGGUCGGAAACGAGCUUGGGCUGCGGGGACUCACGACGCCAUUCAUUUUUUCGACACUCGCGCUGGAUGUCUCGUCUGGUGCAGUGCGGCGGCUGAUCCAGGCGUUCCUGCGGACGUGCGACAAGGCAUCCCCGGCAGCGGAGGCGGACAGGCAGUGGCGCGAGGAGGCGCGACUGGCGGGCCCGCACGAGUUGGGAAUGUGCCUGCGCUGGGGGCUCGCGCGGGUGGUGCGCAUCGUAAAGGGCCAGGAGGUGCGUGGGCUCGUCCCGUACGACAACUACGCUGAAUGGCGCGAGGCCGAGGCAGCACUCGGUUACCCAGAGACGCACUUCGGGGCUUUCAUCGAGCCCCUGGACCCUGUGCUGCAGUCUAUCCUCGUCGCGCUGCUCACUCUACUCGCACGGUUCACUGCACACUCCGCUUCGUCUGGACACACGCCGCCCACCUUGUCCCCGCUAUUCGGCCCCUUGCUGUUCGGCCUCGGCCCAUCCACAUUGGCAUUCCACCAGGUGUACAUUUGCUAUCUCCGCGCGACCACAGCCACAGAACACUUGAUUCUAGCAUUCAUCCGGUGGCAGGAUGCUCCGAACACCAGCUCGAGUUCACGCGGGGGAGGCUUCGCAGGGGUUCCGACCCGUCUGAAGCAAUGGAUUCAGGGGUACCCAGCUAUGCUACCCGCGAUGGGCAAGCUCGACCGCCGCCCGGAAGCUCGGCGUGGAGCACGCACCCUCCGCCUCGUGAGCGUGCGUCGUAAUGUGCGUAUGUACUCUCCCGACCUCGUCAAGACUGCUGCAGGGUGGGCACAUCGCCCUCGCGGAGCGGUCUCACCCAUGGCCGACCGCGCCUUUGCAGGCUCGAAGGAGUGGGAGCGUGUUGCACCGCCAACCCUCAGGCUAACCCCACGCUACUCGGAUGCGUACAAGAAACGUAUGGACCUCCCGCCGCACUUCCACCCCGCCUCCGGGACAAAUUCAUCCUCGUCGACCCUAACUGUGCCAUCUCUAUCUUCAAGCGUAUCUACGUCAUCUACCGCGACAUCAUCGCUAUGGGAUGAUAAGGAGCACGGAAUACUCAGCGCUGGGACGAACGAGGACCGAUUCAGGAGCUUGACGGAUCUCAAAUGGGGUGAAUUCGAGAUGAUGGGUUUCGGAAAUGUCGGUGCCGAUGAAAAGAAGCUGCAGUUUGAUCUGACUGAAGGCGCACGGGCGGCACGCGCAGCGAAACGUGCAACACUUACAUGGCAGGACUUCUCCUCAUGCGGCUUCUCGCGCACCGAUGCGCCUCUCAAUGCCACGCUGCAAUUCAGCACGCCAGUGACGAACACUGUAAACGCAUGGCCGACUCAUUCGGUCGAGAUCCACCGUAAGCUGAAGAAGACGCAAAAGUCCUUGCCGUCAUUUGGAUGGGACACGGAGCCGGUGCUCGGUAGCGAAGAAGUCAUCGAAGAGGCCUUCGUGGACGUCUUCUGCGAUCUCGUGUAUGGUGGCGGCUGGAUGGACAUCGAGCGCUGUGAAGAGAUUGACAGAGAUUGUAACUGGGCGUUGGUUGAGUUCAAGAGUCUGUCAGUGUCGAAACCUGCAACGCCUGGCACUGCCGAUCCGCGGGCAUCAACGUCGUUGUUCCUCUUCGAAGAAUUCGUUCCCCUCGAAUAUAGACAACAACUAGCCUCGGGAGGACGCAGUCGACGUCGCCUUGGUUCGCUCUUCGGCACCUCUUCAAAAUACAAGCAGUGGAAACCUGCUUCGACCCUCAAUGGCCGGCCAUAUGUCGUAGGCCACGUCCCCAGCAGCCCAUCGUAUCGUGAAGUCGAGUUCGAAGGUCUCUUGCGUGAGAACGGUAGCGCGACGAGGAUCAUCACUCUCAACAACCUCAACCGCAACGCGAGCACCACCACGGGAAGACAGUCACCAGUCGUCAGCAAUGUGGCAACUCCUGGUCAUAUAGAAUCGCCAAAUGGGACACCUGCGCUGCGCCUCAACACCACCGGCUCACCUCAACCUCGACCACCCAAACGCCGAGAGGGCACGGACUCUCCGAUACCCGCAAAUCGACGGCAGUCACGCUUCCGGCUACCGGGAGGGCUACCAGUCAGUCCUGGUGGGCAUCGGCGAUCAGGCAUCCCGCCUGCAGAGUACGAGUCAGUCGAUUUCGAUGCCCGCUUGGCGAGUUUCUCUGACGACGACCUUUCGUCUCUGACCCGCGACCCCAAAAGCCGCCGGCGCUCGAGAGAUGAUGCCUGGGUGGACAUUUUGGUUGCCACCAGCAGUCGUCGCAUGAAUGGACAGGACGCAGACAUGCCCAACGGCAAUCGGUUGCGCAAUCGGCGAUCGGAUCCCGAACUUGCCAGUCAAGAAGUCUCGGAGGUGCUUGCCGCCGUCCGCGGUCAUAUGCUCUCCGAUGAAGAAGACGACAUGGAGCCGUUGGCGCCUCCAUCCAUCCGAGAGCCCAUGCAGGACGAUGUAGGUACUAUGGAAGAGUCGAUCAUCGACCGAUCUUUGCGCGAGCGAGAUUCGGCUCUGUAUGGUGACGAUGAAGAAGAGGACCCCGUUCCAGCACCUCGGACGAAGCGCCUUGGCUAUUUCGAUUUGCACCCGGAACGGCGUCCUGCGCAGUAUGAGCGAUCGUCUAUCGACAGCGAUGCCUACUCGCAGGAAGAGGUCUCGAGCGGCAUUCCACGAUCUCCUGCAACUCAAAGAGACGACGGGGCAUCAUCCCUCUACCCGUCAGAAGGUGAAGGUGAAGUUGACACGACGCCUAAUCAGUCGCUUGCGGACGUCAACGCUUCGAGCCCGCAGGGGCAGACAUUCAGCGCCGUUGUCACCGCCGUCGGCUUGCGCCCGACAUUAUCUAAGGACGAUUCACCCGCUGCCUCUACCUCUACGUCUCCGAAGACAGCGAGCAAAACAGCUUCACUGAUUGAAAUGUACCGUGAACGUGAGCGGAACGCCACCGCGUCAGUACCGACUGCCCCCGUGGCCGCUACAUCACCUGCUUCUAAGUUGCCAGUGCGUUCAGUGUCGUUGCAGCCGCGCGCGGAGACUCUGGCAAGUCAGUCCGCCAUGUUACCUGCCAAGAAGUUAACUCCUGGUACUGUUCCGCCACCUCCCGCAUCUGAAACAGAGGAAUCCGAUGUAGAGUCCUUUCUGGCUCUCGAAGACCCCGAGCCGAACCUCCCAAAUCGCUACGUGCACGGGGCACCAUUGCAGAAUGUCAUCGAGGAGACAGAAGAUGAGGAGUAGGGCCCGACUACCCCAGUGCGUGCCAUAUUGGCCGACACGUGUAUAUGCAGUCUCUCGUUUUCACCUGUUUCCUGUACACCACCAGGGGUGCAGGCUCACCGUCCCGAACAUCGCCAUCUUCUGUCGAACAUUCCUACAUAUACAUUAUGAUGUUUUCGCUCUUGUCUGUCGGCCUGCAUUGCUCUCUCGUUCCUUCAAACUUGCACAACGGACUCUGCAAGUCCAUACAUUCCCUAUGUUCACUUAGUUUUUGGUAGUGGCUCGUCGGCCAUGUUUACGUUAGUGGGGGUACUAUUAGACGCGCUGUUGAGUCUGUGGAUAUCUACUGCAGGGUAGUUGAUUCUCACUUCCGUGAUCAUGUCGAUAGUACAUGGCUAUACUCAUGUUUUUGUGUCGGUAUGCUGUUCACAAUCACUUAUUACAUCCGUAUGCUCCAA